AUGUGCCAGCGGGAGGCAGAGGAAGUGACCGUGUUAAUGAAAAAUAAUGUGGACAAGGUUUUCGAGAGGGAAGGGAAACUGGCAAACCUGGAGGUUCGCUCUGAAGAACUGAAAAGUAUGGUACGUUCAUAUGAACAGCCUUAUUACCAUAAUACAGGAUUGUGA